UGUAUAAAAAACGAUCUACUCUCCGAAUGUCACUUCGAUUUCAUGUGGGACACAAGCUUUCAGUUGAGAAUAUCUUUUUUUUUAUAAAAAAAAAACGAUUCGUGUGUGUAACAUUGUCCUCUUUAUUUGCAAAAAAAAAAAGUAAAUAAACAGAUUGACAAGUAUAAGGUUGAAACUCACACACUUGAUCUCUAAAAUCCUGUCAGCAGCAUGUAAAGUACUAAGAAUAAAAAAAGAAAGGCCCUCUUCUUUUGGUUUAAAAUAGAUGGGGAUCAUUUCCGACGAUGCUAAAGUGAUGCGCUGUACAGGAUGGAGUUCCAAAGCAUGUGAGCAUAAUAUAAAAGCUGGUAUAAAAUGAGGUGAUACAAACAAACUGUCCUACAAGACUGGGGGGAACAAAGUAAAAAAAAAAAAUCUUUCUAUCUAUCUCUCUCUCUCUCUCUUUUUUCUUCCUUCUUAAAACCAGCAAUGUUUCAACAACGUAUUCAGCUACAGAGAGAAGAACCCAGAUCCCGUUGGAGUAUUCCUUGUUGUAGUUCUUUUCGAACAAGAGGUAUUCAGUUACCUGAAGACGAUUCGGACCACGAGGAGGAAGAAGAACAAAACAUUGCUCCAUUUCACAUUGAAUCUACUCAUUUCUUACAACAUCCGGCUAACCUCUCUCGCAACCCAUUUGCAAGAGUAGACGAACAACCAGAACCACCGAAAAUUGUGCUACCUUCACAGGAAGAACAAUUAAUCGAGGUCACAGAACAGGAGUCAAGUCGACAAAAGUAUGAAAACGAGCCUGACUGGACAGAGUUACAUCAAGCUGCUUCUGCUGCUGCUGAUGCUGCUUCCGACGAUGAUGAUGAUGAUAAAUCUGAUGAACAAUCACUUCAAGAAGAAACUAUAGUGACAGUGACAGAGGAGGAGAUACCAAAGAAACAGGAAAAGAUACCACAGAUUGAACGAGAAGUUUUGCAUUUAUUACCAUUACCUCAGUUAUCCAACGAACUACCACCUACCAUGAUUCAUAAAAAACCUUCGUUUGAGAAAUCCAUGUAUGGCGAACAACCUCUCAUGUCCACCACCAGUCGAUCCAACAAUACCAGUCGUUUCUCGAGGUUCUCCAUGACCGAGCAAGAUUUCCUAGCUCUUAAAAAACAAGAAACCGACGCUGCUACUGCUACUGCUACUGCUACUGUUUCUGCUGCUGUUACUGCUACUGCUACUGCUUCUGUUUCUGCUGCUUCUACAGUGACAACUCCUAUCAGCAUAGAGACACCCACAGAGACACCCAUUAUGACAGAUCCAUUACAAGCAACACACGUACGCAAAUCAUCGAUUGUUUCCAACGCAGCGCAAUCCAUACUAGGCGAUAAAUUAGAUGAUUUCACUGAAAAGUUGGCAUUUAUUAAAAAGAAUAUCAUCAUGAAUCAAGAUUCGGAUGAUGAAGAAGCGGAUAAUGCGGAAGAAACUCUUCGAAAAAUCGCUUUAUUAAAACAAGAUCCUUCUACCACUACUGUUUCCAGGUAAUAUAUAUAUAUAUAAAAAAAAAAAAAAGUUUUUUUUUCCAGCAUCCCCCACCAUUCAAUAAAACAUCCCACCACCCC